UUCAUGUAAGCAGCUUUCUUACCUGCUCUAAAGUAUCUCUGCUACUAAUUUUACAGUUAAGACCAGGGAACAUGGCCUCAGAGAUCCGCAUGCCAGCCCCAGUGUGCCUCAUUGAGAACACUGAAGGGCAACUGGUGGUUAAUCAGGAAGCUUUGGAGAUCCUGUCAGCCACCAAGAAUCCUCUCGUGGUGGUGGCUAUUGUGGGCCUCUACCGCACAGGCAAAUCCUACCUGAUGAACAAGCUGGCUGGGAAGAACAAGGGCUUCUCUAUUGGAUCUACAGUGCAGUCUCACACCAAAGGAAUCUGGAUGUGGUGUAUGCCUCAUCCCAAGAAGCCAGACCACACCCUAGUUCUUCUGGACACAGAGGGUCUAGGAGAUGUAGAGAAGGGUGACAAGAAGAAUGAUACCCAGAUAUUUGCACUGGCAAUACUACUGAGUAGUACCUUUGUAUACAAUACUAUGAACAAAAUUGACCAGAGGGCUAUGGACUUGUUGCACUAUGUGACAGAACUGUCAAAUCUGCUCUGGACAGUAUCCUCACCUGAUCUUGAUGGGGUUGAAGAUACAACUAACUUUGCUAACUUCUACCCAGACUUAGUGUGGACUCUGAGAGAUUUCUACCUAGACCUAGAAAUAGACGGGCAACUUAUCACAGCAGAUGAAUACCUGGAGAAAUCACUGAAGCUAAAGGAAGGCACCGAUAAAAGCCUUCAAAAUUUCAAUUUGCCCCGUCUAUGUAUAAAAGAAUUCUUUCCAAUAAGGAAAUGCUUUAUCUUCGACUCUCCUGCUCACUGGAAGAAGUUUGCCCAGCUUGAGACACUGCGUAAUGAUGAGCUGGAUCCUGAUUUUGUGCAACAAGUGGCAGCAUUCUGUUCCUACAUCUUCAACCGUUCCAAGACUAAGACUCUUUCAGGAGGCAUCAAGGUCAAUGGACCCCAUCUGAAGAGCCUAGUGCAGACCUGUGUUAAUGCCAUCAGCCGUGGGGAUCUGGCCUGCAUGGAGAACUCAGUUGUGGCCUUGGCCCAGAUCAAGAACUCAGCAGCAGUGAAAAAGGCCAUUGCCCACUAUGACCAGCAGAUGGAACAGAAGGUGCAGCUGCCCACAGAAACUCUCUCUGAGCUCCUGGACCUGCACGGGGCCUGUGAAAGGGAGGCCAUAGAAAUCUUCAUGAAGAACUCUUUCAAGGAUGUGAACCAAAAGUUCCAGAAGCAAUUAGAGACUCUGCUAGAAGCCAGAAAGGAUGACUUUUGUAACCAGAACAUGGAGGCAUCAUCGAACCGUUGCUCAGCUUUACUUCAGGCUAUAUUUGGUCCUCUAGAAAAUGAGGUGACGCAGGGGAUUUAUUCAAAGCCAGGAGGACAUUUUCUCUUCAUUCAGAAGACAGAAGAGCUGAAAGCAAGGUACUAUCAGCAGCCCAGGAAAGGAAUGCAGGCUGAGAAAGCUCUGCAGAAAUAUUUGCAGUCCAAACAGUCUACAAGUGAUACCAUCCUACAGACAGACCUGGCUCUCACAGUGAGGCAAAAGGUGAUAGAAGAGGCACGUGUGAAAGCAGAGGCUGCAAGGAUUGAAGCACAAAGGUUGGAGGCGAUUCAAAGGUAUAACCAGCAAGCGAUGGAGCAAAGGCAGCGACUCCAUCUGGAACAAGUGAGACAAAUGGAAAUGUUCCAAGAGUACCAGUUAAGACAACAGCAGAGGGUCCUGCAACUUCAAUUCCAGGAACAGACCGUAAAUCUCAAUAGGGAAAUCGAAGAUGAACGCAGAAGACUUCACAACGAAAUCCAGGAUCUCCAGAGGAACAUUGUCUCACAAGAUGAUACAUGCAUCUUACUUUAA